AUGACGGACGUCGCUAAAAGUACCACCCCAGGGGCUCGAUCAUAUUUGAAAUCAGUACACGAGAUCUCUGAGCCAGAGCAAAUUGAGCUUGCUAUCCGCAAAUGCUUCCAGGAGUCCCAGCUGUCCGUGUCCUCUCAUGGGAAGCAGAUCGCUAUUCUCAAAGCCCUCCAGCUGAAAUGUCGUGAACAGAAGCUGCAGCCGCAAUUUAAUGAGCUAUUUUGCAAGCUGGUUAACAAAGUUCUUCCGAUAAAACGUAAUGAGCCGGUUGGUGACCGUAUAGUCAAAUUCAUCUCGUCAUUUGUGAGCUCGAUCAACCCUGAAUCAGAGGACGACAAUGCCAACGUGGACAAGCAGGACGAGAGAAUGUACAACAAGUUCAUAGACAGACUUGCUCGUCACUUGUUAAAUGGCCUGGAAGCUAAUAAUAAGAAUGUUCGGUACAGAGCCUGUCAUAUCCUCUCACAUUUGAUGAACAAUAUGACCUCGAUUGACACUGAUUUGUACGAAGCCCUGAGCGAGGGGCUGCUUGCCAGGAUAUAUGACAAGGAACCACACAUCCGAAUCAAGGCCAUAACAACUCUGGCAAGCUUCCAGGAGCCAGAUGGAAGCCAGGAGCUGAGCAACGCAGCAAUGAAAAUCCGUUAUGUGAUGCAAAAUGACACAAAUCCAGAAGUGAGGCGAGCAUGUUUGCGCCAAAUCGAAAAAACCAAACAUACUGAGCCGUACAUAUUCGAGAGGGCAAGGGACACAAACUCAGUCAACAGAAGGUUGCUGUACUCUAAAGUGCUGCCUGACUUCAAAGAUUUCAGACGCAUAGACUACAAGGCUCGGGAGCAGUUGCUCAAGUGGGGUCUCAAAGAUCGAGAAGAGUCCGUCAAGAAGGCUGCAAUCAAGUGGCUCACUGAAAAUUGGAUGCAAACUUUAAACAACGACGUGAUGGAGCUGCUAGAACGUCUAAAGGUUACCAAAAGUGAUAUCGCGGAAACCGCUGUCCGUGUUUUCCUUGAUAAUCGGCAGGAUAUUGUGGCCAAGAUAACCUUUGACGAGCAAAUUAUGCGCACAUUGACACCAGAAACUUCUCUCUUGCUAAGGGUUUAUUAUCAGCAUUGCAAUGAUACGAACAAGAUCACGCAGAUUGAAAAAUACUUUCCGGAAGCUGCUCAGUUCGCCGAUAUAUUGAAUGGCUAUUUUGCAAAGCGAAAAGAAAUCCUGAUUGUUUUAAGUCAACAAAAGCCAUUACUAGAGGCAGAGAGCUCAGUUGACAUGACAGAGCUCGACGAGCUGGACUUCGUCCUGCGACAAUUGCUAAUUGUGGCUUCCGAAUAUGACUAUAGUGAUGAGUUCGGACGAAGCAGAAUGCUGAACACCCUAAGAGCCGUGCUCACGAGUGAUCAUUUGUCAGACAACUUGAUUGAGGUCCUGAUGCUUUGUAUACAUAAACUGUCCAUCAGCGAGCGCGAUUUCACACAAAUGAUUGUGGAAAUUAUUAAUGACCUUAAAGACUCGGCUUACGAAAAACAGAACACGCUAGAGGAAGGCAUCGCGGGAGAAAGCUCCCGAGUGGAGGACGAUCUUGAUGCUAACGACGACGAAGACGAUGACGAUGAUGAGAAUAGUUUCCAUUCCGCAAGAGAUCUGUCCAGAUCAUCGAUUGCGAGCGCCAAUAGAUCGAUGCAACAAGAAUUGAAACAGGUCGCAGAGUUGAGUCCCGAAAACUUGAUUGAAUGUCUCUCCAUUGCUCGCCGUAUGCUUGAGCUUGUGAACAAGCCUUUGAAGGAUAACAUCACCUUAAUGUCCAUUCUCGAUAGUUUGAUUCGGCCUUCUAUUCGUCGAUCUGAAACCGAAAUCAGAAAACUGGGUCUAAUUUGUUUAGGCCUCUGCUGCAUUCUUGACAAAGAAUUGGCUGCUGACAGCAUUUUCAUUUGCGCCAUUUUUGUCACAAAAAGCAAUGAGGAGUCGCUUGUUGUCACCGGUAUCAAGGUUAUUUCGGACUUGCUCGCGGUUCAUGGAAUAUCUGUACUGGAGGUGGAAACUGCUAACAGGGUGGAUGCCAUUGCUAUAGCGCGGCUCUUCUACCGUACGCUGAGAGACACCAACCACAAAGAGGCGCAGGCCACUUCAGGGGAGGCCCUGUACAAGCUGUUUUUGUGCGGAGUUAUCACUGAUGAUGAAUUGUUCGAAACCACACUGCUUUCCUAUUUCAACCCUGCAAUCAACGACAAUGAGCAGCUGAAACAGUGUUUUUCGUUCUGUAUACCUGUCUAUGCUUUCUCUCAUGAAUCGCAUCAGGAGAGAAUUGCUCGCGUCACUUGCGACACGUUAUUCAGACUAUUCAGUGGGUGGGACGAGAUGACAGAAGCCGAUGGUGCUUCCUCGAUAACACCGCAAUCCAUUGUUCAGCAACUGAUGUACUGGACUGAUCCUUAUCGAGUUGUUAACAAAGCUCCAGGUGAAGCAGCCAGUAGCUCGGUCCAGGUCGAGGUUGGGCUUCAACUCUUGUCUUUGCUGGAAAAAUUAGAAUACUCUGGGGUUACCAAGCCGUUUUUCAAGGCUAUAAUGACCUCGCUUCCGCGGCUCACAUUUACGGAACAAUGCGAUGUCGCGAAGCUGGAACAACUAUACACUUCAAUGGAGCAAUUGGAAGGCGUGUUGGAAAAGCCUUUGAAGGACCAGCCUUCCAGGAAUGCAUACAGCAGGUUUAAGGAAUAUGUACUUGAAUGUCUGGAAAAAGCCGGUGGACAAACUGAGAAGCACGAUGAGCUAAAGGGGGAGCAGGGAGAGAAAAAUGAGGUAAAGGACAAAGAGGAAGAAGAACUUGAGGAGCCUGCUUUUGAAUUACCAGCUGUUUCUGAGAAAGAGCUAUCUGAUGAGCCGGCUUUUGAACCGGUCACAAAUUCCGCUUCUGACCAGGAGCACCCUGAACCGCACCAAGUAUCUGCAUCUCUUGAAACGCAGAAAGGAGCAGAGAAGAAAUCUUCGAAGAAACCCAGAUCGAGAAAUUCAGCCAAGAAAACCAAAAAAUUUAAGGCUGCAUCCCUUCCAGAUGAGGAGACAGAGCCUAAAAAGAUAGCUAGCGACUCGAAAAUCAAAAAACCUGAGCACAAGAAGCGUGUGAAGAGUGAGGAUGGAGGACUGAUAGGCAAGAAGGUCAAGGGGGAAUCGAGCAGGAAAAAACAAUCGAAGAAAAAGAAAAGAAGCCACUCGUUCUCGGAUUCAGAAGAUGAAAAGCCAGCAGCUACAUUCCCACUAAAAGAAGAAAACGAGGAUGAAGUGGGGGAUACGUCGGCAAUUGUUCUCGUUUCGGAUGAUGAUUGA